AUGACGAAGCCAAAAUCCAGGAGAAAAUCAAAUACCCAACAGGAAGAAGCAACAAAUCCAAGCGAAUUCUCCUUCAACAUUACUAGAGUAGCCGUGGCUCAGAUCUGCAAAUCGGUCGGGUUUCGGCGUAGCCAGGUGACGACGCUCAACACCCUAACCCUGGUAGCCACCAAAUACCUGGAAACCCUAGCCAGGUCUGCCGCAUCGUUCUCGAACGCCGCCAAUCGCGGCCAAUCGAACCUCCUGGAUAUCACCAACGCCCUCCACGACGCGUCCCUGCAAUUGGGUUUCAACGGUGCGGCCACACUGUACGGCGACGAUUGCUUGUUGAAGUCGGCGGUGUUGGAAGAUCUGUGUACUUUUGUCAACUCCACGGAUGAAAUACCUUUCGCCAAGCCCAUUGAGAGACCGAAGGAAAGAGAAACGGGAGAUUCAGAAUCUUCACCGGAGAAUUUACAGAGAGGUGGACAUGUUCCCGAAUGGUUACCGGGGUUCCCUGAUGUAGGUAAUUUAGAACAAUGCGAUAAAAGGGUCUGUAGGGAAAUUCUGUGGGAAUCGGUUCUGGGACAUCAAAAUGAAGGAUUUGAAGAGAAGAGAGAUGGUAAACAUGGUGGGAAAUUGUCAAAGGAGAGAACAAGAGUGAAAUUCUGUAUAAAGGGAGAUAAAAGAAUGCACACGAAUGGUUUCAGUGUCAAUAAUUUGUUUACUCAAAGUAUAGAUGAAGAGGCAGAGACUGAGCAUAAGUUAAAGAUGAAACAGACUUUGGUGUAUCAGAGGAAAAAGAAGCUAUAGGUUGAGGCAGGAAUUUAAAUUGCGAUGCCAUCGGCGGUGGUACAAUAACGAUUUCGA